CCCAUUGGCUGCGGGGCCCGCUCUCCGCUUCCGGUUGCGUCAGCGCGCCCCGAUGGCGGCCGGCGGCGCACACAAGGUGUCGGUGCUGCUGCCCACCUACAACGAGCGGGAGAACCUGCCGCUCGUCGUCUGGCUUCUGGUGCGCACCUUCCAGGACAGUGGAAACAAUUUUGAAAUUAUCAUCAUAGAUGAUGGAAGUCCAGAUGGGACACAGGAAAUUGCUGAACAAUUGGAAAAAAUAUAUGGAUCAGACAAAAUACUUCUAAGACCCAGACCAAGAAAGUUGGGCCUUGGCACUGCUUAUAUUCAUGGAAUGAAGCAUGCCACCGGGAAUUUUAUUGUUAUUAUGGAUGCUGACCUCUCUCACCAUCCAAAAUUUAUUCCAGAGUUUAUCAGAAAGCAGAAAGAAGGCAAUUUUGACAUUGUAUCUGGAACAAGAUAUAAAGGAAAUGGAGGAGUAUAUGGCUGGGAUUUGAAAAGGAAAUUAAUCAGUCGUGGUGCCAAUUUUAUAACUCAGGUUUUGCUGAGACCAGGUGCAUCAGACUUAACAGGGAGUUUCAGGUUAUACAGAAAAGAAGUCUUACAGAAACUAAUGGAAAAAUGUGUUUCUAAAGGAUACGUCUUCCAGAUGGAGAUGAUUGUUCGGGCUAGACAGUUAGGAUAUACUAUUGGAGAGGUUCCUAUUACAUUUGUGGACCGUGUCUAUGGAGAAUCUAAACUGGGAGGCAAUGAAAUAGUUUCCUUCUUAAAGGGACUCUUGACUUUGUUUGCUACAACGUGAUAGUUUAUUCGGAAAUUAACUUUUUUUAGAAAAACAUUUUCUGCUGUCUGUGUGGAUUUUGAUAUACAAUAGCAGAAGCUUGAUAAGUUGUGUGGUGACCAGAAGACCUGCUAUAAACUCGCAAUUAAAACAAACUACCAAUAGUAAACUAAAUAUAUUGUAUCCUAAAAUGCUCCUUUCAAAAUAAAUAAACUGUAUGCAUAACUAGAAACUAAUAAAGACUUAUGUUCUAUGCUAUUUUUGUAAAACUAAUGAAGUCUUAAUAAAGAACACAAAGCUAAAUGA